AUGGCUGCUUCUCAUCACCCUUGCACCAGCGUCGCCUCCGAGCUGGAAGGCACGCUCCUCAUCUCCGGCAGCCUCUUCCCAUACUUCUUCCUCGUGGCUCUCGAGGCCGGCGGUCCGCUCAGGGCUCUACUCUUGGUCGCCGCGUACCCUCUCGUCGCGCUGCUCGGCGCCGCCUUCUCGUCGGACGACCUCCCGCUGCUCGCCAUGACCUUCCUGUCCACCGCCGGGCUCGGCGUCGGCGAUGUGACGGCGGUGGCGCGCGCCACGCUGCCCAGGUUCUUCCUGGCCGAUCUCCGGGGCAGCGCGUUCUGGGCCUUGGCGCGCCACGCCACCGGAGGUGAUGAGAGGUACGUCGUCACGCGCCUGCCCAGGCUCGUCGCGGAGCCGUUCGUGAGGGAGUACCUCGGCGCCGACGUCCGCGUAGUUGGCACGGAGCUGCGGGUUGUCGCUGGGAAGCGGUUCUCCGGCACGGUGGUAGCCUCUCCCGGCGUCGUGGGUGGCGGUGACCGGAGCUUGGGUGCUCUGGUGGCCGUUCUUGGGCGCGGCCGGAUCGUCGACGUGGGCCUCUACUGCUCCGGCGGCGCCAGCGCUGGCGGGGACCGUCAGCCGGCGUUUCUGCAGGUUUGCCAGGAGCGCCGCGUGGUGUCCGCGCCGGAGAAGGUGCCGGCGACGCCUCUGCCGAGGAGCGAGUACCCGCGGCCGCUGGUCUUCCACGACGGCCGCCUCGUGUGCCGGCCCGACCCGCUCGCGUGCGUCGCCAUCUUCCUGUGGCUCCCGCUCGGCGUGCUCCUGUCCGUGACGCGCCUCCUCCUCGGCUUCCUCCCCCACGGCGCCGGGCUUCCUCCUCGCCGCGGCCACCGGCUUCCGGAUACGCGGCACCCUCGGUGGAGCGGCGGAGCCGGCGGGCCCGGGGCGAGGCACAUUGUGACCGCCGUGACGUACAGCCUCUCGAGCUUCUCGGAGCUGAUCGCGCCGAUCCCGACCGUCCGGCUGACGCGCGACCGCGGCAGGGACAGCCGGAUCAUGCAGGGCGAGCUCACCCGCGGCGACCUGGUGGUCUGCCCGGAGGGCACCACCUGCCGGGAGCCCUACCUGCUCCGGUUCAGCCCGCUGUUCGCCGAGAUCGCCGGCGAGGUCACGCCGACGGCCGUCCGGGCCGGCGGCGCCAUGUUCCACGGCUCCACGGUGCGGGGACACAAGUGGCUCGACUCCCUCUUCUUCCUUAUGAACCCGGCGCCGUGGUACGAGAUCCGGAUCCUCACGCCGGUGGCCAGCUGCGGCAGUGACGGCGGCGGCGCGUCGAGCGUCGACGUGGCGAACGGCGUCCAGCGCGUGAUCGGCGACGCGCUUGGGUUCGAGUGCACCGGGCUCACGCGCAGGGACAAGUACCGGAUGAUCGCCGGCCACGACGGCGUCGACGCGAGGUCGGCGUCGUAG